AUGGUACACCCAGUAAAAUUCAAAGCAUGCCUUUUUGACAUGGAUGGAUUGCUGCUUGACAGCGAAACUAUUUAUACUAUUUCAUUUUCCGAUAUCCUUAUCAACAAGUUCAGUAGAAAGGAAGGACUCACGUGGGAUGUGAAAGUGCAGCUGCAAGGACUGCCAGGAGUGAAGGCAUGCCAAGUGGUCAUUGAUUCGUACGGCUUGAACACGGAAACGACGGCAGAGGAAUUGUACAAACUGACAAGCGCAAGACAAGAAGAGUUGUGGCCCACUGUGGGAGUUUUGCCAGGAGUUCAGGAGUUGAUUGAAUAUUUGAAAAAAAAGGACAUUCCCAUUUGUGUUUGCACCUCUUCUUACAAGAACAAGUAUGAUUUGAAAACUGAGAGACACGACGCUCUGUUCAAGUUGUUCGAUGGAAAUAUAAUAACUGGUGAUAACCCAACUAUCGUCGGAAAAGGUAAGCCACUACCAUUCAUCUGGUGGAUGGGACUUGAUAUGAUAAAUAGCAAGAACGGUACGGAAAUAAAGCCCGAGGAAUGUUUGAUUUUCGAAGAUGCUUUGCCAGGGUUCAUCAGCGGUAAAAGGGCAGGUGGAUACGUCAUUUGGAUUCCGGAUCAAAGAGCUCUGGAGUUAAUUUCAAAAGAUGAGGUGGAAAAGUUGGUUGGAUCUAGCAACGAACACGGGAAAAUAUACAAGUCGAUGGAGAAUUUUCGGCCUGCUGAUUACAGUUUAUAG